GAGACUAUGCAGCCCGCCAUACAGAAGUGUAUAGGGCAGUAGAUGUAAAUAAACCGUGUACUGUAUCCAUACUUUUCUUAUUCCCACCCCCUUUUGCCCGAGACAGAGACGGGGCUUGGAUGAUCGGGGGAAAAUAUUAGUGGGGACAUUCAAAAUUAAAUAAUCUGAUAACGUAAGGGGCCUUCUAAAAUCGGAUUCAUUUUAAGGAAUCGUAAAGACCUCGUAGCGGUAAGACAGAAGACACCGCAGGGAAAAAAGGAAGGCGAGAGCGAAGGGUGAGGACCGGGAGUGUUGGGGAGCUCGUCGCCGGCUUCCGGACAUUCGGGGCGGCAUUGAAAUCGCAGACGUCGCUCCUGGGGGAAAGCAAGCCAAAUAUCUUUAGUAUUGGACUAAAAUCCCUGGAAGCGGUAGAUUUUGUUUCAGCGAUGUCCAGGAAAGUCCAAAGAAGCGAAGUUUGCGCCGACUGCAGUGCACCAGAUCCGGGCUGGAGCAGUAUAAACCGAGGAGUUCUGAUCUGCGAUGAGUGCUGUUCUGUGCACCGGAGCCUGGGCCGUCACAUUUCCAUCGUCAAACACCUGCGACACAGCGGCUGGCCUCCUUCCUUACUGCAGAUGGUGCAGACCCUGGCCAGUAAUGGAGCAAACUCGAUCUGGGAACACUCUUUGCUGGAUCCAGCACAAGUUCAGAGUGGGCGCAGGAAACCGAACCCACAAGAUAAAGUCCACCCCACUAAGUCAGAGUUCAUUCGUGCCAAGUACCAGAUGUUAGCCUUCGUCCACAAGCUGCCCUGCCGUGAUGAUGAUGGGGUUACUACGAAGGACCUCAGCAAGCAACUCCACUCAAGUGUGCGGACAGGAAGUCUGGAGACGUGUUUACGGCUGCUGUCACUGGGGGCACAAGCCAACUUCUUUCACCCGGAAAAGGGCACGACCCCUCUACAUGUGGCCGCCAAAGCGGGGCAGGUUCUGCAGGCCGAACUGCUAGUGGUGUACGGGGCGGACCCAGGAGCUCCAGAUAUCAAUGGCCGCACACCUAUAGACUAUGCCCGGCAAGCAGGUCACGUGGAGCUUGCCGAGCGCUUGGUAGAGUGUCAGUAUGAGCUUACAGACAGGCUAGCCUUCUAUCUUUGUGGACGUCGCCCAGAUCACAAGAACGGUCAUUAUAUCAUCCCUCAGAUGGCAGACAGAGCUCGCCCUAAGUGCCCGACGCAGAGCCUGGACCUCUCUGAACUGGCCAAGGCAGCCAAGAAGAAGCUUCAAGCGUUAAAUAACCGUUUGUUCGAGGAGCUGGCUAUGGAUGUGUACGAUGAAGUGGACCGUAGAGAGAACGAUGCAGUGUGGCUGACAACUCAGAACCACAGUACACUUGUGACUGAACGGAGCGCCGUCCCCUUCUUACCCGUCAACCCUGAAUACUCAGCGACACGCAACCAGGGGCGGCAGAAAUUGGCUCGCUUUAACGCACGAGAAUUUGCCACCCUUAUUAUCGACAUUCUCAGUGAUGCCAAGCGACGGCAGCAUGGAAAGGGCUUGACAAGCCCCACAGACCCGCUGGAUCUGAGUCAGGAGGAUGAUGACCAACAUGAUUAUGACAGCGUAGCGUCUGAUGAAGACACAGACAGUGAGCUAACUGCACAGAAUAACAACAACACCCAGCGCAAUAACCGGGCCAAGAGCAUGGACUCGUCGGACCUGUCAGAUGGGCCCAUCACACUACAGGAGUAUCUGGAGGUGAAGAAAGCACUGGCCUCCUCAGAGGCCAAAGUUCAGCAGCUCAUGAAGGUCAACAACAACCUGAGUGAAGAGCUGCGGAGGCUUCAGAAGGAGAUCACGCGGAUGCAGACGGAGAACCGCACGCUGCGGGGGGCCCAGGCUGGGGCCAGGGGCUCUCUGACCGGGGGUGGUGGCUCAGGGCUGUGGCCUGGUGGGGUAAGGGGUACGGGCGGAGGGGUAGGUGGAGACUCCAGCCUAAACACACCCUCGUCUGCCCCCCUCCGCCGGGAUAGACAAGCCUUCUCUAUGUAUGAGCCCGUGGGGACCACCCCUAAAGCUCUCACCCCAGCCCUGGACCCCCUGACGGGCCGCCUGCAGCCUCUCAGCCCCGUGCGAAAGGGCGCUCCUACGGGUCCCACCCCCUACGGAGGACCGCACCUGUCAGCCUCCACUGACGGCCGAUAUAAUCCUCCAAAAGCGGGAGAGAAAUAUUGGAGUGGACCUGAUAGUGACUAUGACAACUCUCAAACAUACGACGUCUCCCUUGGUGUGGGCCGCAGCAGUGAGGAGGACAGCAGGGGGGAUGUGGAAGACACAGAGAGUGAGCCGGACCCCACGCUGCCCUGCACAGAGGACGUCAUCCUCAAAACCGAGCAGGUCACCAAGAACAUCCAGGAGCUCCUGAGAGCUGCACAGGAGUUUAAACACGACAGUUUUGUGCCGUGCUCAGAGAAAAUCCACUUAGCUGUGACAGAAAUGGCCUCGCUGUUUCCCAAGAGGCCAGUGCUAGAUGCAGUACGUUCUUCCUUGAAGCUCCUGGCGGCCAGUGCGUCCCGCCUGCAGGUGGAGUGUCGUAAAGCGGCACCCUCCGACUCGUCGGCCAGUACAGUGGACUACCAGCUCCUCACCCAGCAGGUCAUCCAGUGCGCCUACGACAUCGCCAAAGCUGCCAAGCAGCUGGUCACCAUCACCACCCGAGAGAAAAAACAGUGACCCUCCGGCACACCGGGGUCCACUGGGCAGGGGCAGAGACUGAGAAACCGGAGAAAAGAGUAAAAACUGACGACUGGGAAUCGUUGGUCAGCUAGAUGAAGAUGGGAAAAGAAUCAAGCUGCGGCCUACCGGACGCAGAGAUGUUUGGGAGAAGCCGAAUGGAGAGGCCUGCUUUUCCUUACACUCCUUUUCUUCUCUCAUUUCAGUAUUUCUGGAGGAUCUUCUUUCAUUUACACAUCUAAAUAUAACAACACUACAGAGGCAGACCCACAAUUCAGUGCUGAUGGUCUGCUAGCGCAUGGGUGGCUACUUGUUGGUUUUCUUUGUGAAACACACAAGCACUCCUAACCAUCAGAGAACCAGAAACCUUCCUCCUAAAUCGUUUAUUUUCAAUUUUUCCUUUCUCUCUCUGUCUUUCGAUUGAUUUUGUGUUUUUAAGUGCCGCUCCAUUGGCCUGUUUCUCUUGGGACAAAUGUACUGACUUUAAACAACAACACUGGAGUUAUUUUAAUGAUUAUGACUUAAGUUUUGUAUUAUUGUUACAAUUAUUGACGUCGUCUUUUGAUUUUUGUUUCAUUUAGUUUUGGUGGAAAUCACAGCUUUGCGAACAUUAACAGGGGUGAACCAUAACCUGUAAAAACUAACCAGAAUACUCCCGUCCUCCAGUGGUAGAAGCACUGGUUCACUCACACAGUGUUUUACUAUGUAUACUACAUUUUUUUUUUGUCGAAGUGCAUCGAACACUAGCCAAAGGAGCAGAGGGGAGUGAUGACACUACAGUUACGGAUCCCUCUUUUUUCCGUCUUCGAGCACAAAGACAGCAGUCGGGGUUGGUGUACAGAAAAUGUUCAUCUCAUCUCAAUCCCUCCGUUAGUGGGUUUUGGUAUCAGAACAAUGCAAAUGUGCACAAUCAUCACAUUGUCUUUAGCUUAUUAGGUUAGGACAAAACCAUCACUUUAGGACUACAUGUUCACUUUCUGCACAUAAUCGAAUGGCCUUUUUUUUUUUUUUUGUCAGUUUGGUGGAGUUUUCACUUCAGGACCAGGUGUUUUUUUUGUUUUCCUUUUGAGAAUAUUGGAUUUCUUUGUUGUUUAUAAUUCAUGUUUUUUUUAAUUGAGUAUAUGUGUAGUUAAUGGUUAUUAAUGUAAGAAGAUCCUUAUGUUUUAUAAGCUACGAGCCUGUGAAUGUUGAUGGUUGAAGAUGACCACUAUCAAUGUUCUCAUCACUAACAUUUCACAUACAGUCACAGGGAAAACGCGUCAUGUCAUGGUGAGGAUGUCCAUCUGCUGCAUCAGGACCAGUGAAGUCACAUUCCGUCGAGGUGGUCUGUGUCACUUGUUGAGAAUUGUGGGAAACCAGUCCCUCGCUAUGUUGAUGUUCAUGGCUGAGUUGAACGGGAGCUUCCAGUACAUACGCACAUGAAGAUGAACAUCUGUGUGUGUGUGAGUGUGAUCAAACCAAGUAUUUGUUGUACAGUUACUUUGCAUUUUAGACGCCUUAAACGUCCUGUUGUUUUCCAUAUCGGUUUUACCCACCAGCCUUUUAAGUUAAGCCAUUUUUUCAUUCUUGCCUUUUGUUUCUUUAACUUGGGGAAUGGGAUAAUGCUAGCGUCCCCUGAUAACGUGUCAAAACAGAUUGUCUGAAAAUCUCUUGAUCAUUGCCUUUGCACAUCUGCUAGACUGACUUUAAUCAGUAAUCAUGUGACUGGCGUCUUGCUCUUCCACACUAUAGAAGCACAUGGUGAGUAAAACAGUGAAUGCUUAAUUUUUCCCCAGAUUCUUCAUUUUACACUAAAUAUGUCAGGAUGGUUUACUGUGGUGAUGACUUGGGAGAAAGAGUUUGGGCCAUUAGUUAAUAAAGCACUAAAUUCAGAGAGCAUUCUGAGAAAGGAUGUCAUUGCACACUCACUAUAUGUCCAACUCUAAAUCUGAUUCAUUUCAGAGUAGUCUAGAUUUUUCCCAGCCGUCUUGCUGCAGAUGCAUACAUUGCUCACAUAAUGCACCGGUGAAAUUAUUUUGAAAUAGAUUAAUGCACAAACACACUUCCGUGAUCAGUCAUACUGGCUGCACUAUUCUUAUGACUGUUCUUUAUCACGUGGUUCUUACAUGAGAGAUUAACUGAUGGGAGAAAAUUGUUUAGCAGAGGCUACCUGUACAAUAUAGAAAUGAAAUAGACUAAGCAAAAUCAUUUAAAGCGUCAUAAAGACUCAUAAGCUGUACAUUUGUAAUAAAAGAAAAAGUUCCUUGUCUUCUGUGAGGAGUUCUUUGUUUGGCAUUUUAAUUGUGGCGAUGAUGGUAUUUUACAGGGUGUUUACCAAAUUAAUUGCAUGUACAGAAAUGAAAUGCAGAAAAACACAAAUAGAGAACAAGAUUCAAAAGACAAACAGGUGUUACGCAAAAAAAAAAGCCUCAGUUUAUGGCUGUGGUUUAGUUCAGCGUUUACGGAAAGGAUCAUUCUGGACCAAUUGACAAAUAUCUAAGUACCAAGGUUGACAAGGCCGCGGGAACUGGGUUGAACAUUAUUGUAUUGAAAUAUUUUACUCUGACCCGUUCACAUUCUACCAGUAAAACAGUGUAAGACGACUUAUAGGAAGCCUGGUUUGUUUUCAAAUAGUUCAGAAAGUUACCACUUAAAGAAUUUUGUUAACCACCUGUAAGUCUUAAAGAUGAAUCAGACUGUGCUUACGUUCACAAAGAACUUUCAUUAUACGUUCACCGUUCCUUAUCCAACUAGUAUUGGGUAGGCAACUAGAUUACAUUUGAAUUACUUGCAGACUUCUAAGUACACAUCGCUGGUGGAGUUUAUUUGCGUUGACUCGUUUAGACUGCUGGAAGCUGGACAUAAAUACACAAUAACCCCUAAGUAAACCCCAAAAUCUGUUUACCAAAAACCUAUCCGUGUGAGAAAAAAAAAAAAUGCAACGACUUUAUUUACUAAAUGAGUUCUCAAUAUCUCUGCACACAACAAAGACCACUGAAUGAAUACACACUAAAGACAUUAAUAUAAAUUAUUUUAAAUUUCAUUAUCAGGUCAUGAGGCAUAAUUAUGAAACGAGUAAUACACUGUAUCCGAGCCCAAUAAACACAGAGUCCUAAGGAGAAAGUGGAACAGAACAGCAGAAUACCAUUUAAAUGUCUGAAUACAGUUCAUAAUUAAACCUUGUAUGACAGAGGCACAAUGCAUAGCCCAAAACAUGUGCUAAUACAUCUAUAACCCAACAUGACAUUUAUAUUUAAUGCCCUAGAUCCUGUGUGGAAAUUCAGCUGAACUAAACCAAGUUUGUUACGUCAUGACUGUAAACCUGGCAUUACCAAAUGAGUAGAAUUUAGUCCUUUCAGAUCUACUAAAAGUCCUGAGAAAAGUGGCUUAUGAGUAACAAUGGGUCAGCUGCAACCCGCUAAUACCAUAAACUCGUGGUGAUUUGUCAUGAGGCAGCUUCAUCUUGUACAAAUAGAAAAUAACACCUGCAGCAAAUACAUCAAGGGAGGAAACGUUUGUUAGAGAAACAUGUUAACAUGCUGGUGAUACAGGUAGUGAGGGGUUAUUUGAACAAGUGCUGAUGUCGGUCAAAUU